UCAUAACAGAACUUUAGGUCCCAUUUUCUACAAAAGGUUUGACCCUCUAAAUAGGUUGGUAGUAUCACGGACAAUAAAAAUCACAUGGUCAGCUGACCCAAUUUGGGGGCGUUUGGGUCCCAGGCCCCUAAAAUUACCCUAAUUCGAGACUCCUAUUUGGUCCCAUAAUUCUCAAAGCUUAAAAGUUAGUAACGUGUGUCAUUAUAUGAGAGAAUCUGAAAGAUGAUAAAGCUUACCGAAAAAUUGGGUCUUAAGACUGGGUCAGACCCCCCUCAAAGACCAUAUUUAGGACCUUAAUUUGUCCCCAUAAGCUACAAACUCCAAAUUUUGCACAAACAUUCUCUAACAUAGUGUAAUGUCAGUGGUCAUAAAGCUGACCAAAAAUUUGGGUCUCUUGGCCUAGUCAGACCGCGUCUCGCCCCAUAUCUCUAUUUUUAAUGCGGAGGAGAAGCAAUAGAAAAACAUUUGUCUUAUUUCCAAUGUGUUCAGGGCCUUAACUUAUUUUUAGAAUUUUUUUAAAUAGAAUAGAACGUUUUCGUCCAAAUACAACAGGAAACCGACAUAACAAACCAGACAGUGAAAGAAAAAAGUUAAGAGAAGCAGUUAUUUUGAAGCAAGUGAAGUAAAAACGUGAACAAAUUACCGGGAUAUUUGCAUAUUAGACUAUCAAAUAUAGAAAAUUAGAAACUUUAGAUAAAAUGUGAUAGAUAGAAGAUAUGACAGGUAAAGAUAUAUGUAAUUAUAUCAAGUUUUUAGUUACUGCAUGUUGUAGUCAGUUUCGGAUGAUAAGUCAAAAAAAGUUUUAAUAGUCUGUUGUUGAACUGAAUUUUUUAAACAUAUAUUUUGUCAAUUUUUACUUCAUUGAUUGAAUUUCUCAUUUCGUAGAAUUUUCGAACAAAGAAAUAUUCAAUAAGAUCAAUGAAAGCGAUGGUAAGAGGAAAACAUAAUUAAUUAGAAUACAUUAAUUUAAGAUAACCAAUAACAAGUUAUUAUUGUGAUAUUUUGCAGAUGUUGUAGCUACUGUAGAUGACAAUUUAAAUGCAAAUGGAAAUACUGACAGUGAUGAACGAUGCUGUGUGCUGCAUGUUGGUGAUGGAUACAAAGUUGGCAAAAUAAAUCUCUUCAAUACGGAAACCCUGGGAAAGUGCAAAUCUAUCUUAGUUACACGUAAAAAUGGAAAUCUAAAGUACAAGGAUACGCAACUUCCUGGCUUUGUGAAUAAAAUUCAAGGAUUUCAUUUAAAUUGUUACAAAAGAUUUAUAGCAUUGUCUGAAACACAGAGAAAAAAUCUCCCCAACGAUAAGAAAGUAUCUAAAGCUGUCCCUUUAACCCGUUCAAAAAUUUCCAUAACAGUGCAAUCAUCUUCAACAGGAGUGUUUUCAAAGAUAUGUAUUUUCUGCAUGCGAAAGGAAAAGAAGCACAAAAAUUUAAAGCAAAAAUUAAAUGCAGCAUCUACAGAGAAUUUUCAAGAAAAUAUAAAAAAGUAUGCACGUUGGUUGGAAGAUAAGCCUAUGUUAGUGCGAAUCGGAAAUGAAGAUUUUGUAAGCAAAGAAAUAUACUACCAUGGAAUGUGCAGGGUCAGUUAUCAAAGCAAGGCCGAAAAAACACCAUUGGCAAUACAAGAGAGGAAUGAAAAAGGGAUGGAAAGACAAAAACUUGAAACAUCCUGGCAUACUGCGAGAGGGAUUCACUGCAAGGCUUUUGAAGGUGUUUGUGCUUAUAUUGAUGAUCACAUCCUAAAAGAAAAAGAUGUUAUCUUACUCAGCGAGCUAAAAAAUCAAUAUCACAUGUUACUAGCAGAAAUCGGGAAUGAAGCAUUCGAAGAUAUUGAAUCGUCUUCAGCAAAACUUGAGCAAAAAUUAUUAAAGCAUUACAAAGAAAGUAUACAAAUCAUGAAGGGGAAAACAAGACGUGGAAACUUGAUAUUCUGCAGCACCAUUUCCGAAGAAGAAGCUUUCAGGAAAGAGUACUCGAUGAAGACAAAAUUGAAAGCGAAGAUUAGAGAUGUAGCGUUUGCAUUAAGGUCUGCCAUAAUGGAAAUUGAAAAAUGCCCUAUACCCGAUGAAGUGACAUUUGCAGAUAUAAAAAAAGGUGAAGUUGAGGCACCAAAUGAAUUAAUUGAAUUUUUCAGUUACCUUAUUGGUGGUCCUGACCAACGCAUAGUAAAGUCAAAUCAGAAGCAGAGGCGCAUAAAAAGUAUUGCUGACGAUGUCAUAUUUGCUGCAACAUCAGGAAAAAAAAAACCUGCAAAACAUUUGCAGCUUGGACUGGCAGUGAAAAGCAUUACAGGAAGCAAAAAAGUGAUCGAAAUGUUAAAUAGACUUGGACACUCUGUUAGCUAUAGCAUUAUCGAAGAACUAGAAACAGAAUUAACUUUUACAUCAACAAAGGCCGGGAAUGCCACACCACAUGGUAUGAAACUAAUGUCAAGUCUUGGAACAGGCGUUGCAUUCGACAACUUUGACAGAUUUGUUGAAACUUUAAGUGGAAAGGAUACCUUGCAUGAUACUGUUGGGAUAGCGUACCAAGUUGUGUCACAAAAUAAUGACAAAUCAUUGGAAGAAGAUGACGAUUCUACCCUUGGCAAUUCUCAGCUAUCUGGAAAGAAAAAACGUAGAUCAUUUCUGGCUGUAGGAUUAGACAUAGAGCCGUACAGAAAAAAACCUAAGAUGUUAACAAGAAUAAUGCUUCCACUAGAUGACCAGAGAAGGGCGUCAGAACCCCUUUCAUAUAUCAAAGCACGCAUGUACGAUACCUUGUGGAUGAUGGAUUUUUAUUUUUCACCCGACACUACACCAAUGUGGGUUGGCUGGAAUUCUAUAAUUUUUCAAAAUACCAACAAUCUGCAAAAAGUUUGGUACCUGCCACAAAUUAAUCAGUCUCCAACUUCUAUAGCUGUAGUAGCAGAAACAUUGAGGCGUGCACAGGUGAUUGCGAAUGAAUGUGGUAAAAAAAACAUUUCAGUAACAUAUGAUCUUGCGAUUGCCAAAGUGGCUAUGCAACUUCAAGCAGAAGAAUCUCCAAAGUUUGACAAUAUAUUUGUCGCUCUAGGUGCAUUCCAUGUAGAGAUGGCCAUGUUUAGCGCAUUUGGCAAGUACAUCGCUGAAUCUGGUGGUCCGCAUAUCCUAAAUGAAGCUGGUGUGAUUGAAAAAGGUUCUCUCAAGUCAUUUUUACUGGGAAAGUGUUACAAGAGAAGUAAAUGA